CCUGCCUCGCCACUGGAAAGUGAUUUCGAGAUCAGGUCCGCACGCUGAGAACUUUGGUCCCACCGUCUUCAGGCGCCGCACGGCGCUGUGCUUUGCAAGCGGGGGGAAACGUGUCCAGCGCUGGGAACGAAUUAACUCUGCAGAGCUAGUGGAGACUGGAAAUCCAGCUAUCAAGGGGUGGUGCAAGAUGAUGGAAGAGCAUCUGUUCAGUGCCUUCCCCAAGGAUGAUGAUCUGUUUGCAGACUGUUACACAGAGGAGAGGACUUAUGAGUUUUGUGGACAUGUUUUAAAGAUCACCCAGAGCUUCAGCACUGAUCUGGGAGUUGCUGGUUCAGUCUGGGAUUCUGCUCUUGCUCUUUGUCGGUACUUUGCUGAGCAGAAGAUAAGCUUCCGCAGGAGGAAGGUGAUUGAACUGGGUGCAGGCACUGGAAUUGUGGGGAUUCUGGCUGUACUCUUGGGUGGUGAUGUAACUUUCACAGACCUUCCUCGUGCUUUGAAGGAAAUCGAGAGCAACAUCUCAGUGAACGUGCCCUCUUCCUGCAUUCACUGUUCACGGGUCCGUGCCCUUUCUUGGGGUCACAAUCACACCUGGUUCCCCGGUGACUAUGACUUUGUACUGGGUUCCGACAUCGUGUACCUGCCUGAGAUCUACCCCUUACCGGUGCGGACACUGCGGCACCUCAGCGCGCAGAGCGCCACCGUUUACCUCUCGUCCAAAAUGCGAAGGGAGCACAGGACCAUCUCUUUCUAUGAGGAGAUCUUGCCCCAGCAUUUCCAGUGCCGGCUUCUUCACAGGAAUGAGGAGCAAAAUAUCAACCUCUACAAAGCGACCCAACAAGAACAUCAUGCCGGACGGCACUGACUAACCCAGGCAGGGAAAUCUCCCCAGGGUCCAUCUCCAGAUUCACAAGGUGGCUCUUGUAGUCAGUUCUAAGACUUAUUUUCUGUUUUACUACAUUUUCUAAUUGACCCUUCCCCUCUUUUGCUUUUGAGCCCAACAGCUUGGCCUGGGUUUAUCUUGGUGCCUGGCUCUGGGACCAGGACUGAGCAGCCACUCUGCAGAUGAGCUGCAAAAAGAGCCUUUCCAUUGGCUGGUUGACCAUCAGCAUGCACUUUCUGGUGGGACUGGGGUUACUGGAUGGCGAUAAGUGGCGGGAAAGCCUGGUGGAUUUUCCCCUCCCCAGAUACCAACCCCAACAAUGCCACUGAUACCACUGGCAGUCCUGUUACUGCCCCCUCUUCCCCCACCCCCCCCCCCCCCAGUCCCCCUCUCCACAUGA